UCGCAUUUUUAGCAUAUAAACUGAUGGCAGUGAAAGUAGUCUAACAAUCAACUCGAUUGCCUAAAUUGUGAUCAACGAAAUAUGGAUCUUCAACAAAUACCGUUUGAAACAGAUUGUACAUCUAACACAAUAACUAUUGAAUGGCAGGGACAACGCGGACAAUUUAAUAAUUACAUUGUGAAAUAUAGAGACAAAGAUAGCAAAGAUGUGUUUGCAGUGGUGCGAAUAUCGGAAAGCAAAAUACAGAUAUCAAAUCUAAGAAAUGAAACUUUAUAUGAAAUUAAGAUAUUUGUUGAAGAUCCCAAUGGAGAUGAGUCUUUAUCAUUCAAAACUGAAGUAAGAACUACUGCUUCAAUUGCGUCUAAGUUACUGAAAACUGCUUCAAAGAUAUGUGAUGAUCCUGUCAUAUAUCGCUUAUGUCCAAUUAAAAUUACCAACCUUCCAGAGGGAAUACAGAUUUGCGAAUUCUUUUCAGACGUAAACAACAAAGACGAACGAACUCUCCUACUGCUUGGUGCCAGCGGAUCAGGCAAAAGUACAUUGGUUGAUGCCAUUAUAAACUAUGUAACGGAUGUUUCUUUCGCUGACAAUUUCAGAUUUAAAAUAACUGAUGAGAUUUCACAAGGAGAAGAAGAUAUUGUUUGUUACAAAAUAAGAAGUCAGAAUGGUUACAAGGUCGGAUUCAACCUAAAUAUCAUUGAUGUUCCAGGAUUCGAAUCCAGAUAUGAUGAAAGUAUUUACCAAAAAUUAUUAGCUCUCUUUCAGUCAGUUCGGUAUAUUAGUGCGGCUUGUCUUGUUGUUCCGUCAUUUUGCCGACUUACCGAAGAGCAUAGACGCAUUUUUAGUAACAUUUUAUCGAUAUUUGGAAACGACAUUGAUUAUGUAAUUCCACUUAUUACGUUUGAUGACGGUGGUGAAAUGAUGGCACUUAACUCACUGAAAGAAGCAAAUGUACCAUGCAUGGGUCACAACUGUUUUAGGUUUAAUAAUUCGCAACUCUUAAAAGGCAUCGAAAACAAAGAAUUUUGGAUUAGACGUCAGCAUACCUUGUUCAAUUUAUUUGAUAAGUCUACUGUCUUUAACCAGAUUAAUCAGUGUCAAAUGGAAAUAACGACACAAGUGCUCAAAAGUCGAAUCAAACUUAAUCAAUCAUUGGACGAAGCAAAACUUCAAAUUCAACAUAUUGAACGAAGGCAACAUUUAUUAAGGGAAUAUGAUCUGAAAAAUAGUCAACAACAACACAAGGUGGACAGGAAUGUGGAAGCCGGAAACAUUUGCAUCAAUUGUUAUGAGUGCAAAAAGACAUGCGUUUUUAAUUGCUCGCUAGUGGUUAGACUUUUCUGGUAUUUUGUGGUUUUCUUUGAAGAAAUCUGGUCAUUUGUUUGUUGUAUAUGUUCUUGUUUUCGGUGUUGUUCUCGUGUAUGCAGGUGUCCGUGUAAGCGCAGUAACUGUUGUUAUAUUAAGUGUCUUCAAAGAUGUCUUGGAUGUACAUGCUCCUGUUCGUUAUAUCAUCAUUACAAAGAAUAUGGAAGAUACAGUAAAAAUAAUAGGAAUACUUUACAAAACGAUCAUGACAUUGAAUAUCAAACUGAAUGCGAAAUACCAAACAAUGACGAAAAGCUGCAGAUGGAGGAAGAAAAACAAAUUUUAAUGAACGAAUUAAUUUUGAUCGAUGAUAGUAUUUCAAGACACUGGAAAUGUAUAAAAACAACUGCACUUCUCGUUGAGAUUCCUGAAGAAUUUGAAAUAAUGAAAAAAAUCCAAGAAAAACUUGAAAACCUGUUAAAAACUUGAACGAUAAAGAUAUGAUUACACUAUCCAAUAAUUUAUUGCUAUUAAGAUAGGAACACUUUCCAUUUAUUGAUAUGUAUAUAAAAAAAAGCGGCAAGAAUGUUUAAAAACUUGACAACGAAUAAACAGAUAUAAACAGAAAAGAAAU